AACCUUGGCUGGAAAGAAUACAAACAAGAAAUCUAUGACUGUUGGAUACUGCAAAAAAUUUUGUACAAAAUACAAGUUCUACGGUGUCCAGGAUUCCACUUGGUGUUUCUGUGGAAAUUUUUUUACUGAAAAUGUGAGGCAUCCAGAACGAGAAUGUAACAUGAAAUGCAGCGGGAAUAAUAAGGAAAUCUGUGGAGGAAAUUGGCGAAUGAACAUCUACAGAAGUCCAGAGUACAACAAUGAAUAUCUGGGAUGUUUCCAGGACCAGACAAGCCGGACCUUGGCCGACAAGUAUAUAAACAAGAAAUCCAUGACUGUCGAAUACUGCAGGAAGUUCUGUACACAAUUUCAGUUCUAUGGUGUCCAGUAUUCUACUUGGUGUUUCUGUGGAAACCGUCUUACCAAGAAUGUUAAAAAACCUGAGGGAGAAUGUCACAUGAAAUGCAAAGGAAAUCAGAGGCAAAUUUGUGGUGGAAGUUGGAGAAUGAACAUAUUUAGAAAGCCAGAGUAUGACAAAGAUUAUCUGGGAUGCUUCCAGGACCAGUCGAGCCGAACAUUUACAGGAAAGCGUACACACAGCAAAUCAAUGACUGUCGAAUACUGCAGAAAGUUUUGUACUAAAUUCCAAUUCUACGGUGUUCAGUAUUCCAUGCAUUGCUUCUGUGGAAACUUUUUUACCAAAAAUGUGAGGCAUCCAGAAAGAGAAUGUAAUAUGAAAUGCAGCGGAAAUAAUAUACAAAUAUGUGGUGGAGGUUAUAGAAUGAACAUCUAUAGAAAUCCAGAGUACAGCGAAGAAUAUCUAGGAUGCUUCAAGGAUCACUCAAGCCGAACCUUGGCUGGGAAGUAUACAAACAACAAAUCCAUGACUGUGGAAUACUGUAAGAAGUUUUGUACGAAAUUCCAGUUCUACGGUGUCCAGUAUUCUAGUUGGUGUUUCUGUGGAAACUCUCUUACCGAAAAUGUUACGAAACCAGAAAGGGAAUGCCUUCUGGAAUGCAGCGGGGAUAAGAAGCAAUUUUGUGGUGGAAGUUUAAGAAUGAACAUCUACAGAAAUCUACAGCUUAAAAAUGAAUACCUGGGCUGCUAUCAGGACCAGUCGAGCCGAGCCUUGCCCAAUAAGUCUACAAACUACAAAGCCAUGACUGUUGAAUACUGCAGGAAGUUUUGUACGAAAUACCGGUUUUAUGGUCUCCAGAGUUCUAGUCAUUGUUUCUGUGGAAACCGUAUGACCACAAAAGUUAAAAAAUCUGAAGGAGAUUGCAACAUGAAAUGUAACGGAAAUAGGAAACAAAUUUGCGGUGGAAGUUGGAAAAAUAGCAUUUAUAGAAAGCCAACUACAAACUAGAUUGAACUUUAGAGCUGCAUAUUACACUGAGAGCGGCAUUUUCUAUGCUCAAAUUCUCAUUCCCGUGCCUCUUCAUUUACCGGGGAAAGAGCUUACAAUUAGUGAAUUUCAUACUACCAAAAAAUUAUCAUUGUGCCGCUAAGAAUCGAUGCGGGUACCCUCAGCGUAUUCAGACACUCAUCUGACUACGUUAUAGAAGCUAUUAAUGGAUGACGGAUCUA